AUGGGUUUCCAGUUCAACGGCGCACCGCCAGCUUGGUUGGACAACUCAUCCACGCCCAAAUCAUUCGGCAUCCCGUCAUCUACGCCAUCUGCUAGCGUACGGACUACCACAGCUCAGUCCUUUGGACCGGCAGCCUCAGUGAAGACGGCCCCUUCUUUUGGCACGAACCCGGCCAUCCUUCGCGGCUCGCCAGGCGCCUUCCCUUCUUUUCCCGCUGCCGCCUCAAAUCCGCACCCGCCAGCCUUGCAAUCCACGCCAAAUUCCUCAUUCGGUUCGUCGCCACCUUCCAGACAGUCUAAGGCAAAAGUAAGCCCUUUCGCCACUGCCUCCUCAGAUACGCCGACGUUGUCUGGUAUCCCAUGCAAAACCUCCGUCUCAAGUGAGAAGACAGACGAUGCUCUCCGCAAAGCACUUCAGCGUGCAUCCGGAGACCAAUUUACCGCGACAGUAGGUGAUGCCGACAUCGCCGCAGACGAGAUCCUGAAGGAUGCGCUUAAGAAGAGCGGACUCAAUAGGAGUAAUGUGAUUGCUCUGUUGCAAGCUCUCGGACAGUCACCAGAGCUCUCGAUCUUCACCAACACCUUGUUUGGAGAGCUAGUCGGUCGACGUAUUCCAGGCUUCCAGUCCCAGUCAAAGACCACUACCAAGCCCACCGACAACCCUUUCAGCAAGCCGGGGCAGUCAGAGAAGAAGAAAGCCGAAUCGUCCUCCCAGGUGCUACGUCAUCACCCAUGGGUCCGUUAUCGACUUGAAAUACCUGUUGCGCAGCGCUUGGUCAGCUCCAGAGCUAUGGCGAAGUUUGAACAUGCCAAGGUUCUUGCUGCUUGGAUGCUCUCGCAAGUAUGUAGUAGUGCUACCAGCGACAAACGGAACAUGUUGGAACUAGCGGCCACGAACAUCAUCGAGCGGAAGGAAUCGGAGUUGGCAAUUAAGGGCAUCGUGAUCUGGAUUAAAGAGAAGGUGUCCCGUGCGAAGGUUCUGCUUGCUACGGUGGAGACAGAGCGUGGUACACUGAUCUCAGACGACGAGGACAUGAACAAAGUCAUCCGCAGUGCCUCCAUUGCCACUCAGGACGACAUCUCUGUCUUUACGCGGAAUCCUCCGGCCUCUUCGAAGAACGACAAGCCCUUCCGGUUUCUCGACCUGCCAGCCGAGCUCAGGAACGGCGUCUACCGUGAACUGCUGGUCACAAGAUCCGGAUACCUAUCAACUCACCGUCUGGGCGAUACCUCCUACAUUCAAGCUGAGCAGGGCGGUACCAAAUUCGAUCUACACUCCCCUGGCUGUCAUCCUGCGAUUCUCGAGACGUGCAAGCAAGUCUACAAGGAAGCCAAAAGCGUACUAUACGUAGAGAAUGUCAUUGUCGCUCGUCUCACAGCGAACAUCGGCACCAAGAGCGUCUUCAAGAUGGGUAGAAUGCGCCCUUCUACCCUGCCUCACCUUACCAAUCUGGUCUUGUCGGUCGAUAGCAUUAAGUUCGACGGCGGUCUUCGCGGCGCCUUUGCGGGCGUCUCUCCAAACUACGCCAAAUUGAACUGGUACGCUCUACAAUCGCUGACCGGGCUCAAGAAGCUCCGCAUCUGCAACAUCGAACGCGAAAACCAGAAGUGCGACUUUCCCGAGGAUCAUCUCAAGCAUAAGACUGCCCUCUUGGAACAGAUAAUCGAGCGCAUUCCAGCGAACUGUGAUUUGUCUUACGAAGCUCAAGAGGGUAUCGAAAAGAGGUUUAUACAGGAACAGCUUCAGUGGCGAAACCGUCCAGGCCACAUCCGAGAUGCAUAUGAGGUGGACGGAGAGGUUUUGAAGCGAUGCGCGCAGGGUACGUUGCAGAAUCAGGGCGCCAAGUCGGGGGAUGAGCGGAACCACUUCUAUGCUGAUCGGAGUAUUAAGUUGGGGAGUUUGGUGAAGGACGGAGACGAGGGAACGUUUGAUCCGAGGCAUGUCUUUGGGGCGGGAGACUAG